AUCUGUUUUCUCGAGCAAACAGAUAAAAGAAGAGUAUAAGAUCAUCUUCCUUCCUCUGUGCUGCCGCUCUCGACGGUUUCUCCGAUCUCCGGCGGAAACCAGAGAACUCUCUCUCUCUCUCUCUCUCUCUCUCUUCUUUCUCUCACUUCGAGCAGAGUCGCCUGCGAGCGAUGGACGCGCUCCUCUCUCCGUCGCUCUCGCCGCCUCUCCCUCGCCUCCGCUCCGCCGCUUGUCCGGCUCACCGGCCGCUGCCCUCCGUCGUCCCGUCCGCCGGGCUCGGCCUCCUUCUCAAUCCGGCUUCAGUUUCCGCGAAUCGGGCUUCCGGUCCGUGCAAAUCCCCCGCCGUCACUGCCGCCGCCGCCGGAGGCGCUCUCGCGGCCAAUCCCGUGCCGCCAAAAAGUAGCAUAUACACUGUUGGUGACUUCAUGACAAGAAAAGAGGAUCUGCAUGUGGUAAAGCCAUACACAACUGUAGAUGAAGCAUUGGAGAUACUUGUCGAGAACAGAAUCACUGGUUUUCCUGUAAUUGAUGAUGACUGGAAAUUGGUUGGUCUUGUUUCUGAUUAUGAUUUGUUAGCUUUGGACUCUAUAUCAGGUGGUGGGCUAGCUGACAACAGCAUGUUCCCUGAAGUUGACAGCACAUGGAAAACCUUCAAUCAAGUGCAAAAGUUGCUCAGCAAGACCAAUGGGCAGGUAGUUGGUGAUUUGAUGACACCAGCUCCUGUAGUCACCCGUGAAACCACAAAUCUUGAGGAUGCUGCCAGGAUUUUGCUUGACACAAAAUACCGACGGCUUCCGGUUGUAGAUGCUGAGGGAAAGCUGGUUGGCAUCAUCACAAGAGGGAAUGUUGUAAGAGCCGCCCUUCAAAUAAAACGUGCCAGUGAAGUGUAAGCUUAGUACCUGGAGACCAAUUGAAGCAUUUGAGGCAGCUGGUGUGAAAAGGAGGACUCGAUUUCUCCCGCAGGUCAAAAAGCAAUGCUGCUUCUACUUACCAAGUUUUGCUUUGUAUGAUAGGAACUGACCUGAUUGGAAUCAUAUAAAUAUUAUAUAUAAGAGUAUCAACCAGGAAUUGAUAAGUGUUUGUCACCGCAUGCAGCGUUCUUGGUUAGUGUUCUUGAAAGACAAAAGGAAAGGUAUAGGAAAGAAAUGACAGAUUUUAGCUUGAGAACA